CCCUUCCCAACAUAAGUCGUAAUUUAAGGUGGAAAAAACGAACUGUUUUCUUGACGGGUCUGGGACACACACACACACACACACACACACACACACACACACACACACAAAGGUGCAAUGAAGCCAGGGGAGGCGCUUGGCAGCAGCCCGCGCCAACCAGCAUUCCUGAGAUGUUUGAGAAUUCUGGAACGCGCAGACAGAGCCGACGUCACUGCAACACGCGGCGCCUCCGCCGGCCCGUAUAAAAGGCGGGCUCCGGGGCGCCUGGGCAGACCGCGAGCGAGAGCGCCCCCGAGCAGCGCCCGCACCCUCCGCGCCUUCUCCGCCGGGACCUCGAGCGAAAGACGCCCGCCCGCCGCCCAGCCCUCGCCUCCCUGCCCACCGGGCCCACCGCGCCGCUACCCCGACCCCGCUGCGCACGGCCUUUCCGCUGCGCACCAGCUUGGCGUCUUCGUCGCCGCGCUCGCCCCGGGCUACUCCUGCGCGCCACAAUGAGCUCCCGCAUCGCCAGGGCGCUCGCCUUAGUCGUCACCCUUCUCCACUUGACCAGGCUGGCGCUCUCCACCUGCCCCGCUGCCUGCCACUGCCCCCUGGAGGCGCCCAAGUGCGCGCCGGGAGUCGGGCUGGUCCGGGACGGCUGCGGCUGCUGUAAGGUCUGCGCCAAGCAGCUCAACGAGGACUGCAGCAAAACGCAGCCCUGCGACCACACCAAGGGGCUGGAAUGCAACUUCGGCGCCAGCUCCACCGCUCUGAAGGGGAUCUGCAGAGCUCAGUCAGAGGGCAGACCCUGUGAAUAUAAUUCCAGAAUCUACCAAAACGGCGAAAGUUUCCAGCCCAACUGUAAACAUCAGUGCACAUGUAUUGAUGGCGCCGUGGGCUGCAUUCCUCUGUGUCCCCAAGAACUAUCUCUCCCCAACUUGGGCUGUCCCAACCCUCGGCUGGUCAAAGUUACCGGGCAGUGCUGCGAGGAGUGGGUCUGUGACGAGGAUAGUAUCAAGGACCCCAUGGAGGACCAGGACGACCUCCUUGGCAAGGAGCUGGGAUUCGAUGCCUCCGAGGUGGAGUUGACGAGAAACAAUGAAUUGAUUGCAGUUGGAAAAGGCAGCUCACUGAAGCGGCUCCCUGUUUUUGGAAUGGAGCCUCGCAUCCUAUACAACCCUUUACAAGGCCAGAAAUGUAUUGUUCAAACAACUUCAUGGUCCCAGUGCUCAAAGACCUGUGGAACUGGUAUCUCCACACGAGUUACCAAUGACAACCCUGAGUGCCGCCUUGUGAAAGAAACCCGGAUUUGUGAGGUGCGGCCUUGUGGACAGCCAGUGUACAGCAGCCUGAAAAAGGGCAAGAAAUGCAGCAAGACCAAGAAAUCCCCCGAACCAGUCAGGUUUACUUAUGCUGGAUGUUUGAGUGUGAAGAAAUACCGGCCCAAGUACUGCGGUUCCUGCGUGGACGGGCGAUGCUGCACGCCCCAGCUGACCAGGACUGUGAAGAUGCGGUUCCGCUGCGAAGAUGGGGAGACAUUUUCCAAGAACGUCAUGAUGAUCCAGUCCUGCAAAUGCAACUAUAACUGCCCGCAUGCCAAUGAAGCAGCGUUUCCCUUCUACAGGCUGUUCAAUGACAUUCACAAAUUUAGGGACUAAAUGCUACCUGGGUUUCCAGGGCACACCUAGACAAACAAGGGAGAAGAGUGUCAGAAUCAGAAUCAUGGAGAAAAUGGGUGGGGGCGGUGUGGGUGAUGGGACUCAUUGUAGAAAGGAAGCCUUGCUCAUUCUUGAGGAGCAUUAAGGUAUUUCAAAACUGCCAAGGGUGCUGGUGCAGAUGGACACUAAUGCAGCCACGAUUUGAGAAUACUUUGCUUCAUAGUAUUGGAGCACAUGUUACUGCUUCAUUUUGAAGCUUGUGGUGUUGAUGACUUUCUGUUUUCUGUUUGUAAAUUAUUUGCUAAGCAUAUUUUCUCUAGGCUUUUUUCCUUUUGGGGUUCUACAGUCGUAAAAGAGAUAAUAAGAUUAGUUGGACAGUUUAAAGCUUUUAUUCAUCCUUUGACAAAAGUAAUGGGAGGGCAUUCCAUCCCUUCCUGAAGGGGGACACUCCAUGAGUGUCUGUGAGAGGCAGCUAUCUGCACUCUAAACUGCAAACAGAAAUCAGGUGUUUUAAGACUGAAUGUUUUAUUUAUCAAAAUGUAGCUUUUGGGGAGGGAGGGGAAAUGUAAUACUGGAAUAAUUUGUAAAUGAUUUUAAUUUUAUAUUCAGUGAAAAGAUUUUAUUUAUGGAAUUAACCAUUUAAUAAAGAAAUAUUUACCUAAUA